AUUUAAGUAUGUACCGAUUAUUAGAAGAAUUAUCAAUAUUACCAAUAUUAUGGCGGAUAUUGGGCCCACGAAGAAACACCCCAAGCUUCCAUGCUCCACGAAGCUCCUUAUCUCCGCCAGUUCUCUCGCGACGUCUAUCUGUUUCCGCUCCGACGGUACCGUCAACCGCCGUCUCCUCCGUCUGCUCUGCCAGAGAGUGUCCGCUCCGAUCACCACCGUCGUCGAUGGAACCCCCGUGUCCUCCUCCGACGUCCAAGUGGAAGCUUCUAGAGACGUCUGGUUUCGCCUCUUUGUUCCCGUCGUUGACAAAGACGAGGAGGAGCAACAAUCGUUGCCCCUGAUUGUGUACUUCCACGGCGGCGGAUUCAUCUCUCUCAGCCCGGAUUUUAAGUAUUUUCACAAUUUGUGCUGCCGUUUUGCCGCCACCGUCCCCGCCGUCGUCGCCUCCGUGAACUACCGCCUCGCGCCGGAGCACCGGUACCCCUGCGCGUACGACGACUGUUUCGACGCCUUGAAGUUCAUCGACGCCAAAAACUACGCCGUUUUCCCGCCCAUCACCGACUUCACGAGAUGCUUCCUCGCCGGAGACAGCGCCGGAGGAAACAUAGCGCACCACAUAACCGUGAGAGCACUGAACAGCGUCACCGACUUCGAGAGGCUGAACCUAGCCGGACAGCUGUCACUCCAGCCGUUCUUCGGCGGAGAAGAGCGGACGGAGUCGGAGCUCCGGCUGAGGAAAGCUCCGGUGCUUACUCUGGAAGAUACGGACAGGAUGUGGAGGACGUUUUUGCCGGACGGCACGAACAGGGACCACGCGGCGGCGCACGUGUUCGAGGAGGAGUUGCCGGAGAAGUUUCCGAGGACGCUGUUGAUCGUCGGAGGGUUUGAUCUGUUGCAGGAUUGGCAGCGGAAGUACUGCGAGAGGCUGAGGAAGUUUGGAGUGGAAGUGAAAGUGGUUGAGUAUCCAAACGGCAUACAUGGGUUUUAUAGCUUCGCUGAGUUGCCUGAAUCUGCUAUGCUCCUUAAGGAAAUCAAAGACUUCAUGCAAACCUAAGCCCUCCCUCAAUGAUCCAUUCAAUAAAACAGGUAAUAUGAUUGAUUGAUUAUUAUCACUACAUUAAUAAUAAUCAAUCAAUCAUAAAAUGUUGUGUCAAAUGAAUUUUAUACCAUCUAAAUACCUUUAAUAAAAUUAUUCUUAUGAAACUUUCAUAUUUGUAACUCAA